UAUCCUCAUUCCAAGCUUGAAAGCAGAAAAAUGAAUCAUUCUUGUUGCCAGUUUUUUAUCUUCUUAAUCAUCUUUCUCUUUACUAAUCCUGCGGCAAGCGACGAGCAAACACAAGAACGGAUCAGUUACAUUUGUCAAAUGGAAGAAUUUGGAUUUUGCAACCAAACUUUCAACGAGAACUUGAAAAAUCCAUCGACAGAUUAUGUUGGUCUGACCCAAAUAACAAUCAAUCAAGCUAUAAUCAAUGCAACCAACACACAUGCUUUUGUUCUGCAGCUUCUUCGGAACGCAACAGAUAGAGGAUUAAGAAAUGCUCUUGUUGUGUGUGAGAAUGGUUACAGCAUAGUGGUGCAGUCUUUUCAAGCUGCUUUCCAAUACUUUAACAAUAAAGAUUACCGGAGUAUGAUGAAGUCUGAAUUUAUAACACCGAGGGCGCAAGGCAGUUGUUCAACUAGUUUUAGUGUUCCUCCGUUUCCUGUCAACCCUCUGGUUAACCGAAACAGGGAAAUGCGGAUCAUCAUCGCCAUGGCUGUGCUCACAGGACAUCAGCUUGAUUAUUGAUAUCUAUAUUAUGUUUUACUGUUGCUAUUAGAAUCAGUACGAUGUUUUUUCUAAUGGUGCUAAUAAAUUUAUGUCCAGAUUAAUUCUGUUGGUAAUAGAUGGUUACUGAUAUUCCAAUGCUAAAGCUGAUUUUUUCUUUUUCCUAUUUAGAUAAAAAAAAAAGAUAACAAUUUAAGUGGUUUUGAAUUGAUGAAAUUGGCAUACAUAGUGCCAAAAAGGUCUUAUCAAAGUAUUGUCAUUAAGAGCAA